CAAAAGAACGAUUCGUUAACGAACACCUUGUUUGUUGUAGAGACGCUGUGAAGAACCAUCGGAAGCGCUUUGCAUAUGACAAUAAUAAUGUCGUCACGUAUAUGAGAUUGUGUUUUUAAUACUCUGGUGCGGUUUUUAAUAUUUUUCUGCCUUAGCAUGAUUGUCAAUUACAGUAGUAGCAGUUCUGAAGAUGAAACUGAAAACUCUUCAAAAAAUGAUUCCUCGCCUUCAAGAAAAAGAGGAAAACUUGACAGUGAAAGCAGGUUUGCACAAGUGAACCUUUGGAUCAUGGAUCUGUUAAAAGCAAAGCAGGCAAAUCAGCCAACUUGACACCUCGCCUGCCUCUUCCUGAGAGUGUAAAAGAGAUGUUCAGAGAAUCAUCAGAACAGUGGACCGAUAAAAGUGAUGAGCAUGGAGGGCGACUGCGGUCCUUCCAGCAUGAGCGGGGCAACUGGGCUACAUACGUGUUCUUUCCUUAUGAGCCUGAGGAGGCCUUUCUGGAGGUACUCAAUGAAAUGAUGGUGGUCACGGCAGCUCACGACAUCCCACUGAAACUAUCUGAAGAGUUUCACCUCAGUCUCUCAAAGACAGUGGUUCUGCGGCAUCACUGGAUUCAGCCAUUCAUCCAGUCCAUUCGGACUGGUCUGACACAUUUCCAGAAGUUUUUCUGCUCGGCUGAUAAACUUAAGGUGUAUUCUAAUGCUGAAAAAACUAGGACCUUCCUUGGUAUGGAAAUCUUCACUGGAAAAGCUCAGUUGCUUGAGCUCAUAAAAAUAUUGGAUCUAACCAUGAAAGAAUUCAGCCUAAGCACCUUUUAUAAGGAUCCUUCUUUCCACAUAAGCCUUGCUUGGUGUGUGGGUGACCACACGGAAAGACUGAAAAAGGCAUGUUUAUCAGAAUUGCAGAGUCUCAUUGACACUCAUGAAGAUGGACCAUUUCACAUACGCCUCAACUGCACAGAGCUUCGCUGCAAAACAGGAAAUAAAGUCUUUCUUUUCUCCCUCCAAUGAUCUUGAAAAUAUGGAAGCAAUUUAAAAUGAUAUAAACUCACAAUUCUCAGGAAAAAGUCAAAAUUGUGAGAUAUAAACUCGCAACUACGAGAAAAAGUGAGAAUUGUUAGAUAAGUCGCAAUAUGCUUUUUAAAAUAUUUUUAUUCUGUGACAGAAAGGAGCCUCCAUAUGAAACACUGUUUAGUAGUGAUGUGGAUUUUGAGGUUUGCAAAAUAUAAUGACGGAUUUGCACUAAAUACAAACUAUGAUGCAUGAAGUAUUGUGUUAAGUUAUUACAAUUUUUGCUAAAGAGCAUUUUAUUGUACAUAAUUGCAACACAGUAAUUUUCACUAAUCCAGGGCAUGUAUGCAACUGUCUGUUUGAGCAACAAAACGUCAGGCCCUUCCUGGUUUAGCAUUGCAUUUUUAGCAUCAAACUGGUUUAUGAGCAACACACCACAUCCUGAAACUGAAAGACUAAGUGUCACUUUCCACAGUUAGUGUUGUACUUUCAAGGUACAAUUUUUAUAAUAGAACUUAAUCUUACAUCCUCAAUUCAAAAAAAUGUUUUUUGAAAAAAGCAACAAAUAACUUGCUUCUCAAAUCACUGUUCAUUAUAUUCAAGAGCAGACUUUGUUCAUAUGUAACAUGGGUUAACCCAUCCUAGGCGUAGCACAAAUGCAGUCAGAGAGGUUAAACCGACAUAAAUUAAGCAACAAUGAGAUAUCCAGCAGUCGGGUUGCACAUUCUACAUUCAAGAGCAUCUGAUAAAAAUACAUAAAUCAAUACUGGUCACAGACAGCCUGAUAAAUAGCCACUUGCUUGUAAGUAGGAUCGACUGAAAUACUGCAGUGUCAGUACAAUUCGGAUAGAAACAUUUAAAAAAAAAAAACAAGAUAAAAUCUGUAGAUUAAAGAAGUUGUGGCUAUAGGAGGUUAAAAUUUAAAAAGGUUUAAAAAAGACAAUAUUUAAAAAUGUAAAUUGACGAGGAUUAACGGCAGGCAAUUGCUAUUUCACAUUAAACAACUGGAAAUUACUUUAGAUCUGAUUCAAUUUUAGAUCUGAAUUGAGAAGUAAAAAAAAAAAAAAAAAAAAUUCAAGAAUAA